AUGCCUCUCGUCGUCCCUGGAAUAAACUCGACACCCGGUAAUAAGACCGAGGAGUGGCAGAACAAGCUCGUUGGCAAGAAGUUGGGUGACGAUGCUUCCACCGAGACGGUCUUCUGCAAAAGGGAUCUUCCCAAGGAGACGCGUAUCAUCGAGCCGGGGAUGAUGGUUACCAAGGACUUCAACGAGAACAGGCUCAAUGUGCAUCUGACAGAGGAUGGCACCGUGUCGCACGUCGUCCACGGCUAG